AUGUCAGAGGGGGAGAGAGAGAGAGAGAGAGAGAGCAGCAGAGUAAAGAAAAGGUGAAGAGGUGAUAUCACAGAUUCACAGCUCUUAAAAAAUUUCUCCAAUCUGGAUUUCUUCUUGAUUUCAUAUUUCUGUCGUCUGGGUUGCUGAGUAAAUCUUCCUACUAUCUUCUGUUGUUCUUGUUCCCCAUCGCAGCUCUUCGUUUUGAUGAAGGGUUUUCACUAGUUCAAGGUCUCUGCUCCUUGUCUUGGUUGUUUACUCUUAACGUCUUAUUCACUUCAUUUACUUCGGUUUCUGUAUGACUUUAUUAACUUUCUUCUAAAAUGACAUUUCCAUUUUCCCAUUUCUCCUUCUUCUCAAUUAUUUUAUUCAUAAUGUGCUCUAAUCCAUCUCUUCCGUGACCAGUUUCUCCGUCCAACAAUUUCUUGAGGUGCACUUUUUCUAAGUGAAUAUCCUGCAUUUAGUUUACCAAGUCCAUUUGGUUUCCCAAUUUUUUUUGCUUUGUUUUUAAACCCUCUCAAACGGGUCUCUCUUAAUAGCAAAUGGUGUCUUCCCCCGCUGCAGGGAUGAGAGGAGCAAUUGCUAACUCGCCUACUCCAGUUGAGACUAGGCACAGAAUACCCGGAUCAAUUGAUGACACAAAUAAAAGAAGGUUUAUAAGAAAAGAUUUUAAAGAUAUUGAGAAGCCCUUCUAUAUUCCAGUCCAAGAUAGGAGUUCAAACUGCAAGUUAUUAUCUUUGAAACUUCUCCUUGUUCUCAUUGUAUGUGGCACUUUUUUGACUCUCCUCCUCUCUCCAGCAGUAUAUAGUUUUGACCAUCUAUCAAACUCUGGUUCUCGGCCAAGUCUAGUAGACAGGUGGAUAUGGGAGAGGCCCAUUGCAGAUCCACGUUAUGUAUCACAUAUAGAUGUUAACUGGGAUCAGAUCUCAAAAACCAUUGGGGGACUAGCUGACAAAAAUGGAGUUCAGGGAAUAGGACUAUUAAACUUCAAUGACAGUGAGAUUGGUCACUGGAAGCAAUUCUUACCUUGGGCUGAGCAUGUUGUUGUAAACCUGAAUUAUGUCGAGAAGAAUGUCACUUGGGAGAUCUUAUACCCAGAGUGGAUAGAUGAAGAAGAAGAAUCAGAAGUUCCCAUUUGUCCCUCUCUACCUGAACCCAAGGUUCCUAAGAAGCCACGGCUUGAUCUCAUUGCUGUCAAGCUUCCCUGCCGCAGGUUGGGGAACUGGUCAAGAGAUGUUGCUCGAUUGCAUUUGCAGCUUGCAGCCGCAAGGCUUGCUGCCUCUGCUAAAGCCUACCAUCCUGUGUAUGUGCUCUUUGUGACUGAAUGCUUCCCAAUCCCAAACCUCUUCAGUUGCAAGGAGCUUGUAGUACGUGAAGGGAAUGCAUGGCUAUAUAAGCCGAACUUGGGUACAUUGAGAGAGAAGCUUCAGCUCCCUGUUGGGUCAUGCGAACUUGCAGUUCCACUCAAGGUCAAAGUAACAGGGCGGGUUUACACAGGAACAAAGCACCGGGAAGCAUAUGCUACAAUUUUGCAUUCAGCUCAUGUUUAUGUCUGUGGUGCCAUUGCUGCAGCCCAGAGUAUUCGCAUGGUCGGUUCAACCGGGGACUUGGUGAUACUUGUCGAUGGAACAAUCAGCGAGUAUCACAGGAGGGGCCUUGAGGCAGCAGGCUGGAAGAUCCGGACAAUCCAGAGGAUCAGGAAUCCAAAAGCAGAACCUGAAGCCUACAAUGAGUGGAAUUACAGCAAGUUUCGUCUUUGGCAGCUGACAGACUAUGACAAGAUUAUCUUCAUUGAUGCAGACCUUCUUAUACUAAGGAACUUUGAUUUCUUAUUUGCAAUGCCAGAGAUUACUGCAAUUGGAAACAAUGCCACCCUGUUCAAUUCUGGUGUGAUGGUCAUUGAGCCAUCAAAUUGCACGUUCAAUCUUCUAAUGGAUCACAUCAACGAGAUUGAAUCUUAUAAUGGUGGGGAUCAGGGGUACCUAAAUGAAAUCUUUACAUGGUGGCACCGCAUCCCGAAACACAUGAACUUUUUGAAGCAUUUCUGGAUAGGUGAUGAGGAGGAGAAGAAACAAAUGAAGACUCAUCUCUUUGGGGCUGAUCCUCCAAUCUUGUACGUCCUCCACUAUCUGGGUCUAAAGCCAUGGCUAUGCUUUCGAGAUUAUGACUGCAACUGGAAUGUGGACAUACUACAGGAGUUUGCUAGCGAUGUUGCACAUAGACAGUGGUGGAAGGUGCACGAUGCAAUGCCUGAGAACUUGCAGAAAUUUUGUGUGUUGAGAUCAAAGCAAAAGGCAGGACUGGAGUGGGACCGGAGGCAAGCUGAGAAGGCCAACUACACUGAUGGGCAUUGGAAAAUUAAGAUACGGGAUCCGCGUUUAAAUAUAUGCUUUGAGAAUCUCUGCUUCUGGGAGAGUAUGUUAUUGCACUGGGGCGAGAAAAACUGGACAGACGAUGAUAUUAUCAUCCCAACUACACCUGCAGUUACCACUGCAUCCCUCCCCAGUAAGUCAUAGUGUCUCUGUACACUUCCUUUAUUUUUUCGCUUUCUAGAUGAUGCAGAGUUCACAUA